UUUAAUCCCCCACCCGAUGGAAACUUUCUGCAAAGAGGAAACAAACAAGCAGAGAGCUCGUUUCCCCCCAGCCGCUCUCUGCCAAGCAAACCGCCAAAACCUGCCGCCACCACCGCGCCAUGCCACCUCCCAGUCUCCGGCCACAGCCUGCCCGCCCUCCAGAUCCUCCAACGCCACCCAAUUGCCAACAGGAGAUGAUUAUUCCUCCCGUUGGAAUUCGAGGAAAGCUCAAGCUAUAAGGAGAAGGCGUACCUAUGCUCUAGACUUCUCACAAGCUUUCCUAGCGAGUUUGUUCUGCACCUGAGAUACUAUGUACAAAGUGGGGGAUUGGAGGUCUACUUAGUUUCCUGCUUGGGAAUGGAAGGAAUUACGGAACGCAAGCCAAGAGAGAAGGCUGCACCAGUGCCGCUACGAUCCCUCUCUUUUCCUCUAGCCUUACCCGAGAGCGAGAGAUGAACAAUGAUGGCGACUGAACGAGGCGUAGCGGGACAACAAUGAUGGCUGGAACCAACCAUGGGGAAGAUGAUGACAAGCUCUGACGGAUAGAGGCCCUCCGGGGAGGCUUCAAUGAAUCGAUGGCUAAGGUAAGGGCUAAAGCUCUGUAGGCCUUCAUCGAUUAUGGUGUUUUUCUGGGUGAACAUGGAUAAUUAAAGUAAUUAAUAGGACGAGGUUGGAAAAUAAUCAUUGGGUGCUGUCUAAGUUGGGAUUGUACGUGUAUAGGUAUAAUAGCAACACUUGAAAUUUAUGGAAUGGUCAUAGCAUAAUUAUACGGAAAUGGGAGGCGCAUUUGAGUGAGGAGGAUUGUGAAAAAUUACAUCUAAUGAUGUUGGGGGAUAUGGGAAGUGAAAUUGAAUUAGUGGGUUCUUUGGUCUUUGAAAUUGGUAUGCGAGGAAAAUGGUGGUAUCAAUAAGUUAAAGGGGAUUUAACUUUAAUCGAAUAAUUGAUGGAAGGCUGGUAACGAUUGGCGCAUGAUAUUUCAUGAUUUUAGGUUGAUGUAAAGAGCAAAGCAAGGACAUAUUGGAUUAUCAUACAUGCUCUCUGUGAGAAAUGAUAAAUUGAGCUAGAUGUGUCCUAGCAAUGCGAAGAGGCAAAAAGAAGGGCUUGAGGUUCUGCAGCAUAUAAAGGUUAAUAAUUUAGUCAAUUAAUCAGAAUAAAAAGGUGAGUGUAAA